CCAUGUUUUCCGUAAGCUUGCAUGCAGAGGUGAUUCGAGAGGGGGUUGCAAUUGAGGACAAUCAAGCAGCUUAUGGGAAACAGUGCAAGCCUUGCACGAGUGGUACACCAGUCAAUGUCCAACGAUCCCAUCCGUAUCAUUCUAUUCCCCAGAUGUGAUACCCGACCUCAAUUUCUCCAGCACUUGUUCAACAUGCCCAACACAACAAUGUGGCCGGCUCCCCUGAAGAGUUUCAAAGACCGCAUCAUUUCUCCACUCUCCCCAAUAUAUACAGAAGUCCCCGAUGGUGAUUCAGAAAAGGAUUCAGAAAAUGGUUCUGGUAUCACCGAGAAGCAGGAGCUCGCUCCAGGGAAGCGAAGUUGUCAACGGAGGUUUCUGCUCGGGCUUGUGCUCAUCGCCAUUGGAGCUGGUAUAGGCUUUCUAGCUGCCUCGAUUGCGCGCAAACCCGGAACUGGUACACAAGCUUUGGCAUCUGACAUUGCCGUCGCCUGUCAACCUUCUUAUGAGUCGACACCACAACCUAAACUGAUAUACGACUGUGGAAGCGACAUUGCGUCCGCUAAAGCAGCCGAUUGCGCCUUCGAUAUGCUCUCGCACACCUGGGUCCCCAAGCCGUGCUACGACCACGAAACCGACACCGAGUUUCGUGAGUGGAUCUUCAAUCCGAACCGCACGGGCGGUGCAUUCCCAUACUUUCUUUCAAGUAAACUGACUGUCGAUACGCACAUCGACGGGAUCGAUGCACUAUCAGCCGUACCCGCAGAUACGUGGAUAUGGAGCCAUGGGGAGGAACAUGUUGGGCACUGCAUCUUCGUGGUGCGCAGGAUCCACCGUGCGCUCGAGGGGAAAUUCAGGUGGAGCGACGAUGUGGCGAAUUUCGAUCAUACGUCGCAUUGUGCGCAUGAAAUGUUGGAAAGCAUAUUGGAGAAGGCGCCGCUGAGGAGGUUUGAGGGAGGUACCGUCACCUUGAAGGUGAAGUACGAUAAGUGUACUUAUGGGACGCACUGAAUGAGGCCAGAAGCAUUCCAUCGAAACGCUCUAAGUACCCAUCUCCGCAUUCCAUAGCCUAUUACUUUGUUGAGAGAUAUGAAAAUGUCCACAUCUGUAUUGAGAUGAGUUCCCGUUAUAUAUAUGAUUCAUUCACGGCCUUUCCGAUCUUAGCCAAUGAUCUUGUGGAUCAUUUCGGGCACAUUUCAUAUGUGUAGUGACAUUUUCCCGCGAUUUUCGGUCGUGAGGCUUCAGCGUACUAUCUACAUCGCACGUGGACAAUUCGUAUAGGCGCUUCCCUAAUACCACAGCCUUGUCUGUCACAGCCCUGUAU